AUGAGCUUGCAAUGCGAGGGCCAAGGCGCCGUGUGCUCCGCGUGUGGCCAUUUUGACUUCUUGCCAUUGACAUGCAUUCGUUGCCAGGGCAAAUUCUGCGGCGAGCACAUUAACGCUCACAAUGCUGCCGGAACACAAAAGUCGUGUGUAGCCUCUGGUGCAAGCAACACAGCGGCGGAUGCGCCGUCACCGACGACGGUGGGGACGCAGAGGCCGAGGUGCAGCUGUGUGCUCUGUGGAAGUCUCAUGUGUGUACUCACUCCGUGCCCGAUAUGCCGCCGGGACUAUUGUGCCGCUCACCGCUUCCACGUGCAUGAGGAUGGAGAGGGAGAAGAGGGGGAGCAGAAAGGCACGCGGCGCAGAGGUACGAAGGGAUUUUUCAAGCAGACCAGAGACGUUGAAAUAAAGAAUUUUUCACUGUUGUGCGCACAGUACACGUCGAGCAAUGCAUUGCGCCUGGCGCCACCGUCGUACCGUGGUAGCAUGAUACCUGUCACGGCUUUGGUGUGGCGGGAGGAACCAGACGCCGACCGCGGGGAUGAGCUCUGUUCUUUUGGCGUUGUUUCGCUUGAGAUUGCGCUGGAGAUGUCGAUUGGGCAGCUGUUGGAGCGUUUGCGGGCUGCACACCCGUUGCUGCUGUCCAGUCCGUUGGCCCAACCACUGUUCCAUAUCGAGGGCAUGGAUCGUGUUGUGCUGCGUCCCAUCCCUCUCUCUUUGACUGUCAGAGAGGCCACACUGUCUAACCGCGUUGUGGUAUUCCUUGUUCCCAAUCAACAGACAACACAGGAAACACCGGCAUUCCAGAAUUCCUCGUGUGAAAAUCGUUUGUUUUCUGUGGACGCCGUCCAAUCGAUGCUGACUCAACGUCUAUUCUCGUCUUUGGGCAAAAGGGAAGAUACGCGCCUGCAUGCUGCUGCCGUGCAUGUGCGACUUCAGUCCAGACAAACUGAGACAGCAAGUGAACAAAGCACUGUCCGUACACCAGACUGUCUGUUGCUUGAGCGUUUGUUCGCUACAGACUGUGUGGAGGUAGCCACGGGCGUGACGGCCACAACGCCGCCGCCGCCGCCGCCGCCGCAGCAGCAGCAGGAGGAGGAGGGUGAGGAAGAUAAGAAAAGUACAGAUGGCGCCCCAUGGCCCUUUCAGCGGCCGCCACCGCUUGAAGGCUUUACUUUCUCCCACACGAGGAUGAAACCUCUCAUCGCUGGGGAACAACGCGGACAGAGCGUUGCCGUCGUGGUCGUCGCGGUGUUCGUGGCGGACCGCCUUUUGUCGUCUGCCGUCCCGCCAUUUUGCAUUGCAUUGUCAAGAAGUUGGUCGAUGGGACGCGCUAUGGACCGCAUUGUCCAGGUGGUCGGCGAGGCCUCGGCCUCGACAAAACGAGCGAAAUGGCGCUUGUUUGACAUGAGGACCCAAGAGUGCCUCUCUGAUGGAACUUUGACGCGAACGAACACCUUGAACGACGGAGAUGUCCUUUUUCUGGGUGAGCAGUUCCCUGAGGUGCUCCAUAAGGAGGUUGCGCGGUUGCAGCAGCUGCAGGGCAAGGCGGCUGCGGCGCUAAAAAUGAAGAUGAUGAAGACCUGUGCCAUGAUGUGA